AUGAAGCACUGGCAUCUCUCCUUGAUCGUUCUCUCUUUCAUCCUGUUCGCCGCGCCGAUCGCGUCGGCGGAUGAGCCGCCGACGAAUCCUCUCAACGCCGAUCGGGCGAUGGGCUAUCUCGAAGCGAUCUGCGCCAUCGGCCCGCGGGUGAGCGGCAGCCGCGGCAUGAUCGAGCAGAAAAAGCUGAUCACGGGGCAUUUCGCGAAGCUGGGCGUCAAGGUCGAGGAGCAGCGCUUCCAGGCGCCGCACCCGCAGAACCGUGCGCGGCGGGUGCGGAUGGCGAACUUGGUGGUCCAUUGGCGGCCCGAGGCGACGCGGCGGGUGCUGCUGUGCGCGCAUUACGACACGCGGCCGCUGCCCGAUCAGGACCGCGACCCGCAGGCACGCCGCAAUGGGGUCUUCAUCGGCGCCAACGACGGCGGCAGCGGGACGGCGUUGCUCAUGGAGUUGGGUCACCUGAUGGCGGAGCGGUUCGACGAAGCGGCGCCCGAUCAAGACUUCGGCGUGGACUUCGUUUUCUUUGAUGGCGAGGAGCUGGUCUUCAACGACCGCGACCCUUACUUCCUCGGCAGCCAGUGGUUCGCCACGCAGUACGCGAAGCGCAAGCCGCUGCCGGCGAGCGAUGGCGGCGAGGAGCGCGUGUGGAACUACGACGCGGCCGUGCUCUUCGACAUGGUCGCCGACAAGGACCUGCAGAUUCACUUCGAAGGCCACAGCUUCGCGUCGCGCCAGUCGCGGCCGAUCGCCAGAGAAGUGUGGGACGUCGCCGAGCGGCUAGGCGUCGAGGAGUUCGUCCCGCAGGUGCGCCACACGGUGCUCGACGACCACCUCGCGCUGCGCCAAUACGGCGGCAUCCGCGCGAUCGACGUGAUCGACUUCGACUACCCCUAUUGGCACACGACAGAAGAUACGCCGGACAAGUGCUCGGGCAAGUCGCUGUCGAAGGUUCGUCAUUCGGAUUUCGUCAUUCCUAUUGGCGUCUUGGCGGUUAGCUUCUUCCCGUCAACAAUCGAAGCGUCAACAACUCCCCGGAGAUUUGCCCCCAUGGCCGACGUCAAGAUCACGGUUCGUAAGAAUGGCUCGCUGAAGAUCGAGGGGCCGAUCGAGCUCUACGACGCCGACGGCAACGCGUUCCCACUCGACCCGUCGAAGCCGGCGAUCGCGCUAUGCCGCUGCGGGGCGUCGAAGAACGCGCCGUUCUGCGACGGCGCGCAUAAGGAGUGUGAGUUCACUUCCGAGGUGAAAGCGCCGGUGGCGUAG